AUGGCGCUACCCGGCUCCUCACAGGCCUGGAGGCUGGAACCUCCCACUCCCACAGCCCCUAACUCCUCGUCCUCGGGCUCCCAGGAGCGGGAGGGCGCCGGGAGCCCAGUGGUCUCCGGGGGGCUUCCCUUGGAGAAGGUGAAACGGCCCAUGAACGCGUUCAUGGUGUGGAGCUCCGCCCAGCGCCGCCAGAUGGCGCAGCAGAACCCAAAGAUGCACAACUCGGAGAUCUCCAAGCGCCUGGGCGCGCAGUGGAAGCUGCUGGGCGAGGACGAGAAGCGGCCCUUCGUGGAAGAGGCUAAGCGGCUCCGGGCCCGGCACCUGCGCGACUACCCCGACUACAAGUACCGGCCCCGGCGCAAGACCAAGAGCGCGGGCCCCGGGUCGCCCCACUUCGGCCAGGGAAGCGGCGGCGUGGCUGGCGGCGGGCCUGUCUGGGGGCCCGGGUACACGACCACCCAGGGGAGCAGAGGCUUUGGGUACCAGCCCCCCAACUACUCGACAGCCUACCUGCCUGGCGGUUACGGCUCUUCCCACUGUAAACCGGAAGCCUCCUCGCCGUGCUCUCUCCCUCAGAGUAACCCAAGGUUCCAGGGGGAGUUGCUCCCCCCUUACAGCCCCUACCCACCCCCAGGCUCUCCCACUCUGUACAACCCUCCCCUCCCAGGGGCCCCCAUGCCCCUAACCCACCUCUAACCCUCAUGGACAUGGACCUCCCAGAGAGGUUUCCAUCCUCCUUUUCGACCCAGAAACACCCCAAUACCACCACCACCACCACCACCAUUCCCAGGCUGCAAACCCUGUUCUAGAACUGUUGGACCACAGUUCAGAGGAGGUGGGCAGUACCCCCCAAAGCCCUGAAAGCCAGUGGGAACAAAACAAGACAGUUUUUUUUUUUUUUUUUGUAGGCUGAACAC